AUGCGCGAAUUAUCAAUUAUUCUGGUUAUUAGCCUUUCUUUGUUUGGAAUUGUAUUGUCAUGGGAGGAGCAAAAUCACAUCGAAAAUGGAGCAGCAGUAUGGGGUGCAAAGGCCCCUGAUUACAGUCUGGCCUCCACUGAUCCUGGAACCACUAUUUUCAUCCGAAGCUUGAUUUUCGUAGAUAACAAAACGACAAAUUACUAUGAGUUUGACAUGUUACGUGUCAAGAAGAACAUUAUGGAGAUGGUAGACGAGGCCAAUCAGUACUUGAACCAACUCGGAGUUGGUCUAAUUGUUGUCGGGAUAUUGCAAACAAAUCGAGAAGAUCUCAGUCUACAGUCUUUCCAUGAAUACAGAAAUGCCAGAGUUCACAAACUUCCGCCUCACGAGUUUGCUACUCUUAUUUCUUACAAGUACGCUGGGGGACUGGCAUACGUCAACGGAAUGUGUUCAUCUCACUCAGUGUCUCUUUCAGGAUUCUAUCCAAAUGAGCCAAGGGCAAUGGGAUCGAUUUUCUUCCACGAGGUGGCUCACCUGGUUGGAGUUCCCCACCGAGAUGUUAAUGAAUCUCUCUAUGUGCCUAACUGUCAGUGUACACCUACAGAUUCGGCAAAAGAGGAUGGGUGUUUGAAAAUACCUGGUUUCGAUCACGAUUGCACAGUGCAACAAUUCGUCAACACAAUCUACAAGAACAAGUGCAUUCUAAAAGAACCGAUUUUCAAAGAGAGUGAGCCGGUCUGUGGAAAUGGAGUUCUCGAAGACGGUGAAGACUGUGAUUGUGGGUUGCCGGGUCGGUGUGCCGACCUCAAUUGCAAACCGCACACUUGCCGAUUCUUCAUGCAUCCGUUCUUUUUGGUUCUUGUUCUCGUGUCCUUCAUCUUUUUCUUCAUUGUUGCUACCUGGCUGAUUGUUCGAAACUAUACCGGAACAAUGCUAAACUGCUUCAAAAAGUACAAAUCGAAACACGAACGAGGAUCAGCAAGCCCAUAUACUAAUGGACAAAUCCAGAUUUUGGCUGCUAGCCCUUAUCAGAACAGAAAGAUGUCGCAUUCCUCGAUCUCGGGGAGCAACACAAUACUUGUUUCAAAUGAUUCUCGAUUUGCAACAAUCCAAAGACCGAAGGUUCCUCCGCCACCACCACCACCGAAAACCACCAUCCAAGUAGUGGCCCCUGGCGCUGGACAACCUUAUGAAACGAAUAAAGUAUUCGGAUCCUAUCGUGAAAGCUUCUAUGAUGACUUCUCAGAUGACGAAUUCGAAGAACCAGAAGUGCCAUCCGCAUACCCUCUGCCUCCUGGUGUGCCAACUUGCCCAUCAUAUCCACCAAAUGCUCCAAUAAACCGAGUAACGGUCGAACUCCAAUCCCCUCGUACCAAUAGCACUGCAACAACAUCCAAUUCUACAUCGUCCUUCUCAUUUUAA